AGCGCGUCGACCCCUGCGCCGGAAGCGGCUGCGGGCGGCGCGCACGUGCGCGGGAGCGCGUCCCCAUGGCCGCGGCCUUCAACAGCGACGGUGCCGAAGCCAUCGGCAGGGCCCUGCCCGGGCCGGGCGAGCGGGGCCCGGCGCGCUCCGGCCCCUUGGCCGACUUCUACGAGCUGCGGCGGGCGGCAGCCUUCGUGCGCGCCCGCGGCCUCCGCAAGGUUGCCCUGCAGUUCCCCGACGAGCUCCUGGAGGACGCGGCCGCGGUGGCGGCGAGGAUGGAGGAGGCCACGGGCGCCGCCAUGUACGUGCUGGGGGACACGUCCUACGACAGCUGCUGCGUGGACGAGGUGGCGGCGGAGCACGCGGGCGCGCAGGCGGUGGUGCACUACGGCCCCGCCUGCCUCAGCCCCUGCCGCCGGCUGCCCGUGCUGCACGUGUUCGGGCGCCGGCCCCUGGACGUGGAGCGCUGCGCCCGCGCCUUCCGCCAGCUGCACCCCGACCCCCGGAGCCGCGCGGCCGUGCUGAGCGACGUGGUCUACGCCCACGCCAUGGACGAGCUGGAGCAGCGCCUGCGCCCCGACUACCCCCACGUCGUCUUCUCCCGGCUGCUGUGCGAGGCCGAGCCCGUGCCUGACCCUGACCCCUCGCUGCUGCGGCAGUUUGGGCGGGAGCUGCCGGAGGCGGGGCUGGAGGGCGGGGCCGUGUUCUACGUGGGGGGCGAGGGGCUGCCCCUCACCAACCUCAUGCUGAGCUGGAACCGCUGCGCCUUCAGCUCCUUCGACCCUGCCACGGGCCGCGCCCGGCGCGAGAGCCUGGACGUCAACCGGGCGCUGCGGCGGCGCCUCUACCUGGUGGAGCGGGCGCGAGACGCGCGGGCCGUGGGCAUCCUGGUGGGCACGCUGGGCGUGGCCGGCUACCGGGAGGCGCUGCGGCACCUGCGGGACACGCUGCGCCGGGCCGGCAAGCGCAGCUACACGCUGGCUGUGGGCAAGCCCAGCCCCACCAAGCUGGCCAACUUCCCCGAGCUGGACGUCUUCGUGCUGGUGGCCUGCGCCCAGAACUCCCUGCUCGACAGCCACGGCUUCUACCGGCCCGUGGUGACGCCCUUCGAGCUGGAGCUGGCCUGCAACCCCGCCCGCACCUGGACCGGCAGCUACCUCACCGACUUCAGGGACCUGCUGCCAGGUGGCAGCGCGCACCUGGAGUUCCCGGAGGUGCUGGGGGCAGAGGACGAGGGCGCUGACGUCUCGCUGAUCACGGGGGAGCUGCGGGCGGCGCGUCUCGGCGCUGAUCCCGUGCCCCCGGCCAGCACCGCCCUGGCUUGCCGAAGCCAGACCCUGGAUUUGGCUGAAAUCAGCCCAGCUGCCUCUUUCCUGGAGUCGCGGAGCUGGCGGGGCCUGGAGCAGCAUCUGGGCCAGACGCCGGUGCAGAAGGCAGUGGAGGGGCGCCGGGGCAUCGCCAUCGCCUACGAGGAUGAGGCCUGUGGGUGACGCCAGCGAGGAGGAGGUGCUGUGAUGUCCUGGCCUGGCCUCCGUGCGCUGCGGAUCUUGUUGGGGGAGCAGAGACCCCCGGGCUGGGCCCGGGCCUGGCUCCCUGGCACCCAGACAGGUGGUUGGGGGAGACGUAGCCCUUCCUGGGCCCUGCUUGUGUUGCAUUAAAGACUGGACAGAGCGA